AAUUCUACUCAUAUCUCAAUCUGGUACAUUAUUAAAAAUAGAGCCUACAAGUUACAAGUUAGUCUGGAUAGAAUGGCAUCCCUAUUGGUAAGCUGCAACAUAUCAUCUCUUAAAGGUGUCAUCGAUAUUCUUUCGAAUAUGUCUACCAAAUAACAGUAUCUCCAAGAGUUCUCAAAACACUAAAAAUCUAGGAUUUUAGGCAAGAUUGAAAAAAACACAUCUCCAACGACUCCCAGCCAUAGCUCCCAACACUAAAAAACCGAGCCUCCCGUGUGGAAAAAUACGCACUCGUGGUCACCCGUAUCCACUACUCCCGCGGCCACCGGAAUGCCAUCGUGGCCGUCGUGGUGUCCGGAGAACUGCAUCACCGAGAUGCAGCUCCCGAGCAUCCUGUCGCUCCACGUCCACGACCUGCCGUCAUUCCUCGCCGUCACCUCCGAGGACAACCCAUUUGCGUUCGUGCUACCGGAGUUUCACGAGCUCGUCGACGCGCUCAAACGAGAUGAUGGCUCCUCAAAGCCCCCGACAUACGUCCUCGCCAACAUCUGUGAUGCCAUGGAGGCCAACGCUCUCGCGUCGCUGAGGCCACACAUGGACAUCUUUGUCUUUGGGCACAUGCUGUCGUUCCAGCAUGAGGCGGAUGAUGGCAGGUGCGCCCCACCUCCUUGCAAUGUCUUUGACCACGACAAGAGCAGGUACUCCUACCUCAGUUGGCUGGACACCAAGCCGGCCAAGUCGGUGGUGUACAUCUCCUUCAGGCUCGUCGGGGCUGCUCCUGGCGCCCAAUGGCACCAUGGACGUUGUGAUCGAAAUGUACCCAAGACCCGUGGCUGCCACUGCCGCCUACCAUGUUCCAAGUUUUUGCUAUUUUAGGAGUGUUUUUUAAAACUGUUCGAGAAACUCUGCUUUGGUGCCCCAAUACUUUUUGGCGACUUGGAAACACAAUGG